GGUUGGCUUCCAUAUCAGCAACCACAGGAGCGCGACUGAUCCACUUCAGCCCCCAAAAAGACGCCCUUUUCCCAUGGUGACAACACAGCUUGUUUCCGGAUACAUCAGUAUUGGAACAUUUUUAAUAGGAUCUAAUUCGUCGCCUUUGGAAAAGUUCUGAUAUAGUUGCCCUCAAGAAAGGCAUUGUCUUCUCUCUAUCAUGGAGCCAGACUUGGACAAUAAAAGGAAGCUGCAACAUGGCAAUAACCUCCUGGAACUUAUUAACAGGAUGCGCGAGUCCUCCGAGCUCAUCGACAUUGUGCUGGUGGCAGAGGGGCGCAGAUUUCCAUGCCACCGGGUCGUGUUGGCUUCCUUCAGUCCCUAUUUUAAGGCGAUGUUCACCUGCGGCUUGGUGGAAUGUAACCAGACUGAGGUCCCCCUUCACGAUGUCACCGCUGCCAGUGUCUCGAUCAUCUUAGAAUACAUGUAUACCUCCCAACUCUACAUAAACAAUCUUACUGUCCAAGGGGUGGCCACUGCCGCCUACUUCAUGCAGAUGGACGACAUUUUCCGGAUGUGUCAGAAUUACAUGAUGGACCACAUGGAUGCCUCAAACUGCAUUGGGAUUUAUUACUUUGCUAAGCAGAUCAGUGCAGAAGACUUAGAGACAAGGUCCAAGAAAUAUUUAUACCAGCACUUCUCUGAAGUAGGCCUUCACGAAGAGGUACUAGAGGUUGGCUUUGAUCAGUUGAUGACCAUGAUCAUGUCCGACGACCUCAACGUUUCUCGUGAAGAGAGUAUCUUGGAUCUGGUUCUACGAUGGGUAAACCAUGACAGAAACCUACGAUCGGAGCACCUUAUAGAUCUCUUGAAACAAGUUCGAUUGCUACUGGUCAACCCGUCUUUUCUCCGAGAAGCCAGGAAGAGGAACACUGUGCUUCUGUGCAAUGCUCAGUGCUACGACAUGGUUGAACAAGCCUUGGAGACCAUUGAAAAAUCCACCCAGGUUUCUCUGAACCUUCGCUAUAGAAUGGAGACCACAGACCUUCUCCUUUGUCUGGGCAACAAUGCCUCGGGCAUCAGGUCGAAAUAUGGAAACUACGGGGAUUCCAGCUUCUGUUUUGCUCCAACGACAGGGAAGAUCUGUUAUAUUCCUUCGCCGAAACAAGGAGAAGUUUUGGGCUUAGUCUCUGCUGGUGUAGUCACAGAAAAUAAUGAGAUCAUUUUGGCCGGGGAAGCGACGGCUGUUAGACUGGCCAGACAGAAGGAAAGACGUGUUGAGCUCUGCAGGUAUCACAACCGAGGCAGUUACUGCUGGGAGAAGCUGUGCGGCGCGGAGUACAGAGAGUUGUACGCCCUCGGCUCUGUUCACAAUGACCUCUACCUGAUUGGAGGACAGAUGAAGCACAAAAACCGAUACGUCGUCACCAACUGCGUGGACAAGUACUUGGCGGAGAGCGAAAGCUGGAGAAGUGUGUCGCCAUUGCCGCUUCCUUUGGCGUGCCAUGCCGUGGUGACCCUCAACCACAAGCUCUAUGUCAUGGGAGGAUGGACUCCACAGAUUGACAACCCCAACGAUGAGCCGGAUCGAUUGAGCAAUCGGCUGUUGCAGUAUGACCCCGUCACUGAUAAGUGGAGGCAGAUGGCUCCCAUGAAGUAUUCCAAAUAUCGCUUCCAUGUGGCGGUCGUGAACGGAGAAAUAUUUGUAUUAGGUGGCAUCGGUUGCGAUGGUCCAGACAAAGGACAGUCCCGCAAGUGUCUUGAUGCAGUGGAAAUUUACAAUGUAGAUGCGGAUUUCUGGAGGGAUGGUCCCUCGAUGCCCUAUCCUUUGCUCUCCCUUAGAAGCAAUUCAAGCAGCGCAGGUUCGGUAGAAGGAAAGCUGUAUGUUUGUGGUGGUUACCGUGGGGCAGAUCGCCAUGAAGUGAUCACGAAGGAGAUUCUGGAGCUGGACCCAUGGGAGAACCAAUGGAACGUGGUUUGUACCAAGGCCCCCAUGCACGAUUCGUACGACGUCUGCCUGGUGGCCCGUCUAAACCCGCGAGACCUCCUCCCGCCUCCGCGGGAUCUGAUGGAGAGGUGAUCUCAUAGAUCAGCACAUCGUGGCGCAUUACCAGGGUUGUCGUUCUUAACGAGUAUUCCUCAUUAUCAAAGUGUUUCUGGAGCUGAACAUUUUUCUGUCCUUCUUUGAAGAAAAAAAAUUGGUUCAUAUCGGGACAACACAGACAGUUUCGCUUUCCGGCAUUUUGAUUAAUGGGGUAGACAUGUGGAAUUAGUUUAGUUUCAAAUUAGUUUUUUAACGAUUUUUGACAAAUUUGUCAAUUCGGAAACACCCAAAUUACCAAAAACCCGUUUAACGAAAUGUUUUCAAAUAUUCGCAUAUUCGAAUGUUUGAAUAUUCGAACAUUCAAAAAUUCGAACAUUCAAAAAUCCGGAAAUUUGACAAUCCGAAAACCCAAAAUUUUUUAAAUCUGAAAUAAUAACUAACUAUUAAAUUAUAGGUAUUGGAAUUUCCUUUCAAAUUUGGCUGUUAGUGAACGUAACGAAUACGACUUUAUCCCAAGUUACGAAUUGUCUUAAAAAUAACGAAUGCCGUAUCUAAACUAAUGGAACAUAACAAAUUAAUAAUAAUAAAUAACAAUAAUAAAUUUAAUUCAGAAUUCGUAAAUUCUAAAAUUGGGAAGUCAAAAAUUAGAAAGUUCGGUAAUUCGAAAAAUUUGGAAAUGAAAAAAUGUGGAAAUUCGAAAAUCCGAAAAUAAGAAAGGAAAAUCUGACAAUUAGAAAGAACAAAGAUCCAAAAGUCCAAAAAUUAGAAAUAAUCACUAACUAACUAACGAACUAACUAAUAAUAGCUAACU